GCGGCGCGCUGUGCCCUCCAUGCAUGGCUCGAUCCUAUAUAUAUAUCAAUAUAUUGAACAACAUAGUGUUCGUACUCUCACACAGAGCUAGAUGGACUCCACGACCAGUCAUAAGUCGCUGGAAGAACUGGAAAACGAGGAGGUCGGGGAGCUGGAUUUCAUUGACGCGCUGACCAUGCAGCAGCUCGCCGAAUCCCUCGCCGACGAGCUCUGCUGGGACCAGCCUAUUCAUCAUCAAGAACAGCAGCAGCAGCAAGUAGAAUUGUUGGAUCAGCGGCAGAAACGCACGAACACGAACACGACAGGAUUCCCCUUUCUCGGCGACAUGGGCCGCAGACCCUACGCCGAGGCCGACGAGGUCUUCCUACCAACGGCGCCGGCCACCAUCAACGCAGGCGGCAACGACAGCUUGUUCUCCUUCACCGGCGGCGGCAAGUCGGAGCAGCUGAUGAGCUUCAGUACUGCUUCGCGAGAGCCGAAGCAGAAGGAAAGCAACGGUGGCGGCAACACACCUGCAGCUGCGGGGAGGACACCGUUGACGACGAUGGAGGGUAGUAGUAAAGGACGGCGGAGGCCGAGCUCCGGCGUGGUGCAUGAGCACGUCGUCGCGGAGAGGAAGCGCCGGGAGAAGAUGAAUCACCAGUUCGCGGCUCUCGCGUCCAUCAUCCCCGACAUCACCAAGACAGACAAGGUGUCUGUCCUAGGGAGUACCAUCGACUACGUGCACCACCUGAGGGGCAGGCUCAAGGCCCUGCAGGCGGAGCACCAGAGCAGCACCGGCAGCACGGCAGAGUCCCCGCCGUUGGACGCCCGGUGCUGCGUCGGCUCGCUGGACGACGAUCUCGACGGCGGCGUGACCGCCAUGAGCCCCAAGAUCGAAGCCGAGGUCCGGGGGACAACCGUUCUGCUGAGGGUGGUGUGCCGGGAGAAGAAGGGGGUGCUCAUCAUGCUGCUCAAGGAGCUGGAGAAGCACGGCCUCUCCACCAUCAACACCAACGUCUUGCUGCUCGCCGGGUCCUCGUUAAACAUCACCAUCACCGCGCAGAUUGAAGAUGGAUUCUCCACUGCAGUUGAACUUGUGAAUAAUCUAAAUGCUGCUUUAAAAAAAUUUUAGGUUCAGAUUUCAGUUCGAUGCGCAAGCUACGAGAUCGAAGUGGCUGUGGUGUCCCUGUUCUACUUGUUUUAAGUGGAGGAAUUGAUGCCUUGAUUGUUGCAGCAACAUCAUUAUUGGAUGCAGGAGUGCAGCUUUAAUUUGCAAUUAUCAUCAUAUUGCAUGGUUCCAUGUUAUCUUCAGUACUACCAUUUAGGAACACUCAAAUGGCUACGAGAAUUGAAGGUAUAUAUACCGUUAGUGCAUUCCUUCGGUUUU